AUGAAAAAAAGGACCGGAAAAGGUAAAAAGGUUAACAAGAACAUAGAGUUUGAAAAGGUUACAGUGUUUGACAAGAUUAAAAAUAUUAAAGAUAACUCGAUCGCUUUUAGAGUUAGAAAAUUUAAAGAAAAUCUCGCAGCACAUCGUAAACAAUUAGUAAUUGAUGUUUUACACCCCAACAAACCUCGUUUAUCAAAUCGUGAAAUUCAAAAUCAAAUUUGUAAAAUGUUUGGAGUCAACAAAGAUGUUGUCUUUGUAUUUGCUAUGAGAACUACAUAUGAUGGUAAUCGUUCUAAUGGGUUUGCAUUAAUAUAUAACAAUGCUGAAUUUGCUAAACAAUACGAGCCUCGACACAGGCUUAGAAAACAUGGUAUUAAACCACCCAUACUACCUCCUAAAAAACACUGCAAGAAACCAAUCAAAUAUAGAAAAAAUGCAAAGUGCGCUUAA